AUGCAAACGUUCAAGACCUUAUUCAGUCUCGUUACGUUCUUGGCGCUGUCCAACGUCGCUUGUUCAACAACUCCGCUCUAUGCCACAGUCCCAGAAAAUGCCGCUAUCGGAAGAAACGUCACCAGCGUCCUAACCACCUCUCAGAUGGGUGAAGACGACGUUCAGUGUGAAAUUGUGGAGGGAGACGAGCACGGCCGGUUCAUGAUAACCACCUGUAGGAUCACAGUUGCACGGCCGUUAGAUUAUGACGUCAGUCCGAUGUACAACCUUAGGGUCAAUGUCACUCGGCCGGUCGGAAAGGUAGAAGAGCGACGCGUGGACAUACAAGUCCAGGAGGUGGAAGGAUACCCGCCUGUUUACAACGACACUUGCGCAAUGCCAGUACUGGUUGGGGGAAAGUCCGGAAGUCCGAUUUUCGAUGUGACAGAUAAUACGAUUGAGAUUAUGGAGAAAACCGCUGGAAUUCUGUCUAUCACAAGUCGGAUUCCGGAUUCUCUUCGUAAAUCACUUGCAUUGGUUGUGCUCUAUAUGCGGAAGAGGGCUACUCGGGUGAAACAAGACGAGGGUUUAGAGGAGGCGCAGGCUCUACUUGAACUGACUAGUAUGGAAGAAAACCUAACACAGAGUCUAAAGCCUGGCUGGCUGAACCGAUGGGAAAGGAAGACCAAGGAUCUGACUCUAGGUCAGCUGAUCGGGCUCGGUACGUUUGCACAUAUCAGAAAGGGCCAUCUCCGCAUUGACAACACUAAAGUGACUGUAGCUGUGAAGUCAGUCCGUACUGAGGACAGACAGUGCUAUCAAGCAUUCUGUCGGGAAGUUUCUGCACUCAUAGCUGUUCAUGAAAACCAGGAACACAAUAACAGAACCUCCAACAUUGUCCGGCUGUUUGGGGUCAUCACGAAGUCCACACCAAAGUGUGUUCUCUUGGAAGAUACCAGGGGGGAUCUUUUACAACUUCUAAAACAGCUGAAGCAACAUCCCCAACGUCGUGUUCUUCUCCUUAACAACGUUCUGCGCUAUGCUGUCCACAUCUCACGUGCCCUGGAGGAGCUCCGACACCUUCCUAUCGCUCACGGUGACGUGGCCGCUCGGAACGUUCUCAUCAGUGGAGAUGACGUCGCUAAACUGACCGACUUCGGCCUGGCUCGUGACGUGUACAGCACUAUUGCGCCUGCGGCUUCAACGAAAACGGAUGCUGAGGAGCUCUUGCCUCUGAAGUGGAUGGCUCUGGAGUCACUGAAAUGUCGUCAGUUCACGUGUGAAUCCGACACGUGGUCAUUUGGAGUGCUGCUGUGGGAGAUCGCGGCAUUUGGAGAGGAGCCCAACUAUCAGGAGAUGGUCCGGCUCACCUAUCCGAACUUAGUAGAGUUCCUGAGGAGGGGAAUGCGUCUGCUGAAGCCGCGGGGAUGUCCGAACAGGCUGUAUGACGUCAUGAGGUCGUGUUGGCGGCAGGAGCCGUCAGCCAGACCGACACCUGAGGAACUGGAACAGAAACUUACAGAAUGUCGUCACGAAAUAGAUUUUCAGUUUAUGGAGAAGGAAACCACAGUUUGA